CUUCACGUUGCUGAACAAGGACAGCUCUAAUAACCGAUCACAUCACACUCACAGCAGGCAUGAAGUGACCUGCUCUGAGGCGUUGGUAUAAAGCUGGCUAUUACAGCUUUGGUAGACUCCUCCCACCACAGAGCUGCUAUAAAAUCAGGCACCCACCCCUUUCCUGUGUUUCCCACUUUAGCGCUAUUAUAUGAAGGCUUCUUUCCACCACUAAAAAGAAAAAAAAAAUCGCCAUCCGUAACUCGGAGCAAAGCUAUAAUGUUUUUCACACUGUUUUCAGUAACCACCUGGACUUUGCUGGCCCUGCUGGUUACCCUGAUAUUACUGUAUGGAAUUUGGCCAUAUGGUUUUUUCAAAAAGCUGGGGAUACCUGGACCAAGGCCUCUGCCUUUUAUUGGAACAAUGCUGGGCUUUAAAAAGGGAAUCCUUGCUUUUGACCGAGAGUGCCAGGCCAAUUAUGGAGACGUCUGGGGGCUUUACGAUGGACGAACACCAGUAUUAAUGGUGGCUGACCCUGAAAUUGUUAAAACUGUGAUGGUGAAGGAGUGCUACUCUGUGUUUACCAACCGCAGGGAUGGUAGUUUUAUGAGUGGAGCUCUGGAUGAUGCUGUUUCCAUAGUCAAAGAUGAGAGGUGGAAACGAAUUCGGAGCACCCUGUCUCCAUGCUUCACCAGUGGAAGACUGAAACAGGUUUAUCCCCUCGUUGCUCGCUAUGCAGAACGACUUGUUGCUAAACUUGCAGAAACAAAUUUGGAUGAACCCAUCACUGUCAAACAGUUUGUGGCUCCUUACAGUUUAGACACAGUGACCAGUGCUUCUUUCAGCGUGGAGACAGACUCCAUAAACAAUUCAAACGACCCUGUUAAUGUUCAAAUCCAGAAGGUCCUUAACUUCAAACUUUGGCCUGUAUUUUUCCUAGUAUUAUUUCCAUUCGGUCGUCGUCUGCUAGAGCUCCUCAAAAUUGAAAUCAUGCCCAAGGACAGCAUUGACUUUUUCUACAACAUCAUCAAGAGAUUUAAAGACCAGCAUCGUGAAGAUCAAUCUACCCGAGCAGACUUCCUGCAGGUGUUGAUUCAGAGUGAGAUACCAGAAAAGGAGUAUAAGAAUGAUGAAGAACAGCCAAGUAAAGGUUUGACUGAGCAUGAGAUCCUUUCCCAGGCCUUGGUCUUCAUCCUUGGAGGUUAUGAGACCACCAGCACCACUCUUACUUACAUCCUUUACAAUCUGGCCACAAACCCUGAUGCAUUGCAGACCUUACACAAAGAAAUUGAUGCUAACCUGAAGAAAGAUGGAUCCAUUUCAUACGAGGAGCUGACGGGUCUACAGUACCUGGACCAGGUCAUACUUGAAUCGAUGCGACUGAUUCCCACUGGCCCUCGGCUCGACAGGGCAUGCAAAAAAACUGUGCAGGUGAAUGGCCUCACCAUUCCUGAGGGAACCGUGGUUGGGAUUCCUGUGUGGGUGUUACACAAAGACCCACGCUACUGGAACUCCCCCGACCUGUUCAGACCAGAGAGGUUCAGUAAAGAUGGCGGGGAGGAGGUGAACCCGUACGCAUUCAUGCCGUUUGGGCUCGGCCCUCGUAACUGUGUUGGCAUGCGUUACGCCAUCCUCGUCAUGAAGAUGGUUAUCGUCCGUCUCUUGCAGAAGUACACUUUGGAAACAUGCAAAGAGACCAUGAUUCCUCUUGAGUUUAACUGGAUGUUUCAGCCUGUUCAGCCUGUAAAACUCAAGUUUGUUCCCAGAGAACAGUAGGCUGAAGUGGGAACAUUUCACAAUCCUAUCAAACAUGUUAUUUUAUCACUUUUGUUUUAAUGAGGCAACUGCUGCCAGGAUGAUAUUCACAUUUGUUUUCUGCUACUAAACUUUGAAAUGUUAUCAAAAAAUUUUUAUUUUCUUGCAAUGUUGAUGUAUUUUAAUUACUUUUCAUUAAAUUGUGAUUGGUGUUUAAUGUGACUGUUCUGUUUAAAAAGCACCUUUAACUUUGAUAGUUGUCUUUUUAUGAUUUACUGCAUAAAUCUGGUGAUGACGAUUUUGGAUUGAUUUCUGAAAAUUGCAAUCAUGAAUAUUAUUUUGUGACACGUUUGCUUUAGGUUUUGCCUUUCUUCCUUGUUUGGUUAUUUUUGUGUGUGUCAGUU